AUUUAUGGUUAAGCUUGAUCAGUACAUCAAGAAUACUAGAGUACAAACUAAAAUCAUUUUUUUAUUAUAUUAUAUAAAUUUGCAUUUUAUUUUUAUAUUGAAAUAUAUUUAUAUUUUAAAAUUGAAUACUCUUUAUAUUUAACAUAAUUAAGUAUUCGUUAUUCGGUGUUACUAGUGAAUUUUUUUUAAAUAAACCAACCAAUUUCAAGUACAUUUUAAUAAUUUUAUUAGUAAAGAAAGAUUAGGCGAAUGCUAUAUAAGAUAUUUUCAUUUAAGUGUUCAGAUGAGGUGGAAGUUUCAACAGCUUAGGUCCUCUUUUUCGUUAUUCAUCAUUAUAACGUUCGUGUCAUGCUUCGUCACCGUGUUUAUCUACAUUUCAGAUUUAUGGAUGGACGAAACUAACUAAACAGAAUUUUAAAACUGAAGGAUAAUUAAUCUCAUCUAGUGACCGCCUGAAAAGCAAAAAAGUGGAUAAGCUGUAAUAGAGCACAACCGAUAAAGGAAAACGUCGAAAGACCAUCAGGACUUAUAGUCUUAACAUCACAUCAGUAUAAAUACCUCGAAAAACGUCAUCAACGAUACUAGAUAUUUAUACGAUCACAGUUCGGUGACAACGUGUACGAUGUUGGACAUGGAAAUAUUCGUGGAACAGUUAAGCAAAUUGAAUAAACUGAAUGACAACAACAUCAAGGAACGAAUUAAGCAUUUCGGCCCAGUUCUCGAUGCGAUCGUGAAGUCGUUGAACAUUUCCAUUCCUAAAGAAUUAAAAUCUUUAAUGGUUACUAAUAAGUCUGUGGAAAUAGUCAGGUCACCAAUGACACAUCUCGAUGGGUUUACAUUCUUACCACAACUGUGGGCCCACGAAGAUAAUUUGAGGCCAUUUAUAUUACAUUCCGGAGGUAGAAAAACAGUGUCUAUGGUGUAUGGAAUUCCUACUGUUCGUCGCCAAAAAAAAAAUUACUUAAUACAAACAAUGGUUAAUAUCGUAAACAACAUGAAUCAAAACGAAAUGGAAGAUUCAUUAAUAGUCGUGAUGAUUGGUGAAAUCGAUCGAGAAUACACGCAACGAGUGACUACAGAAAUCAAAAAUCGGCUACCGGAAGCAGUUAACUCAGGUCUUGUGGACAUAAUUGCUCCAACCCCGGAAUAUUAUCCAGAUUUCAGCAAACUUCGCUUGACGCUCGGUGAUUCUAGAGACCGGGUCAGCUGGAGGAGCAAACAAAAUUUGGAUUAUGCUUUCUUAAUGAUGUACUGCCAACCAAAAGGGUCGUUUUAUGUUCAAAUCGAAGACGACAUAAUCACGAAACCACAGUUCCACACUAUUAUGAAAAAUACAGCUUUGCAGAGCAUAGCUAACGGACAAGAGUGGUUUAUAUUAGAUUUUGGAGAACUUGGUUUUAUCGGAAAAAUGUUUAGAUGUUCAGAUUUAUCAUGGCUAAUUCAGUACCUUAUUAUGUUUUAUAACGAUCAACCUGUGGAUUGGUUGCUGGACGGAAUAGUGGAGACAAAAGCUUGUGGUUAUUAUAAAAUGAAUUGUCGACGACUAAAAGACAAUUUAUGGGUGAAAUGCAAUCAAACUCUUUUUCAACAUAUUGGAAUCUGGUCGUCUUUGCCUGGAAAAAUUCAACGUGCGAAGGCUAGACAUUUUAAUUCAAGGAUAUUAUUAUAUAAAAACAAUCAUUAGUAUUACACAAAUAUAAUUAGAAGAUAAUGAUGAAAUACAGGUAACCUGUAUUGAAAAUCAAAAAGGACUUAAACAAAGACGAUGAAAUUAAAAUAACAAUGAAUCAUCUGUCAUUACUAGAGUGAAAUAAUUUAUUAAUAAUAUGUAAGAACAUUGAUUAUUUUGUAUUAAAGUUCAAAUUUAUAAACGUUGUCAAUAUAAUUA